GCGAGUCCAGAGUCCAGUCCGGGCUGAAACUCUGAUCCUCAUGAGUUGACCCCGGGGCAAGUAAACGGUGUUGUUUUCUUCUCUGUGUGUUCUGUGAAAGCCUGGUGCUGCGUCUGAAGCGAAGAGACGACAUGGCGAUUGGUAACCAGAGGUCACCAUCCGACGGGAAGGUCUGGAAUUUCUUCAAGCUUCCGUUUCGUGGCUCGGGGGCUAAUUCUGCUAAUACGACGCUGUCUACUACCGUCCACCAUCACCAUAAUCCUCCUCCGAUUGAGGGUUCGACGUCUCAUGGCUCCAGUUCUGUUUCUUCAGUUGCAAGGUCGUUUCUUCCAACCCGCCGUCGUCUCAAGCUUGAUCCCUCCAAUAAGCUCUACUUGCCUUAUGAACCAGGCAAGCAGGUUAGGAGUGCCAUAAAGAUUAAAAACACUAGCAAAUCUCAUGUAGCUUUCAAGUUUCAGACAACAGCGCCCAAAAGCUGUUUCAUGCGUCCUCCUGGAGCUAUUCUUGCGCCUGGUGAAAGUAUCAUAGCAACCGUGUUCAAGUUUGUUGAGCCUCCAGAAAAUAAUGAAAAGCCAGAGAAGAGCAAACUGAAAUUUAAAAUAAUGAGCUUGAAGGUCAAAGGACCAAUUGAUUACGUUCCUGAGAUGUUCGAUGAGCAAAAGGACCAAGUAGCAGUUGAGCAAGUUCUGCGCGUUGUUUUUCUAGAUCCCGAGCAUCCUAGUCCAGCUUUGGAAAAGCUGAAGUGUCAGUUGGCUGAUGCUGAUGCUGCGCUCGAGGCACGAAAGAAACCUCCGGAAGAGGCUGGGGCUAAGAUUAUUGGGGAGGGACUUGUCAUUGAUGAAUGGAAAGAGAGGAGGGAAAGGUAUCUUGCAAGGCAGCAGGUUGAAGGGGCAGUUGACUCCGUAUAGAGAGAUCUUUUUAAUGAGGCGCCUCUUUUUGUAGAAAAGGUUUUUUCCGGUGAAAGAGUGAUAUGAGAAAACCGGAAAGCUGGGGUGGACAGCGAUCAUUCUCUGUAGAUAAUGACAUUUUGUUUUUAGGAUUUCUCGUUGAGGAUGUAACAAUAUUGUGUUUUGUUGAUGAAAAGUUUAAUAUAAAGUUGUUAAUAUGUUGAAUGCUUGAUUGUCAUGCCUUGUUAAAGAUUGGAAGAUAAAAGGGAGAAGUAGUCAUGAUUUUAUCUUCAUAGCUGAUGAGUGAUGACUUCCUUUUCAUUUUGCUUCCCUGAUUAUACAUCUGAUUUUGGAUUUA